AUGUCGCAGAAAAUUCCCAUCCUCCUAGAGGGCGCAUCACUCCCAGAAGCUCCCCGUCCGCGGCUUCGAGAUCGCCAGCACUCCCUCCACCCAGGUCUGCGGCCGUCCGUGACUGACAUCCCCGUCACGCCUGGCUUCCAACUGGGCGAAUACAUACCCUCACCCUACAGUGCCGAAGACCUCGAACAAGCCUCCUACUUCCCCCGCGACGUUCAUAAGUGGCGAGAGAACAUGGCACAUUCGCCAUCGGCGGCUUCGGGCGCGAAGUCCAACCAAGAGGAUUCGACUUCGGGACAGGCGCGAAGAAAGUCCUCGUCGGAGAUGGACCCGCGGGCUGCCAAUCCGACCUUGAACCUGAGUGGGAGUGUUAUCUCGACCACCUUCUGUAUCCCUUAUGGCCUCACGUACCGAAAAGGGCAGGAUUGGGCGAUGCAAUCUCGGCGCGGCACAUCGGCCCUCUUCGACUCCUUCUCCUACCUCUCCUCCGACAGGACUUCGUGGAAUCACACCCUGGUGGGCUGGACAGGGGAGAUCGAGGAGCUAGAAGAGCUGACCCCGCCUGAUACCCCUCCCGCGACCACCACGGCCUUGAAGAUCCCCCCCCUCAACAAGAGCUCGGCUCCGAUCCCCCUCGAUGGUUCCGUGCGGCCUGCUGAGCCUGUGGUGCAAGAGGGCAUCCGGGUAACCAAAGAAGGCCGUGCGUGUCUGGAGUGGCAGCUCGCCCACGAUAAGAAUUGCCGCACUCUGCCUGUCUGGUUGAACGAUGACAACGAGGAAUCUGCAGAUGGAGACAUAUGCUUGAAGGACCAGUCGCGCUGGAGACGCUUUGCCGAGCACGAAAUCUACACCCUCUUCCACUACAAGCAGCACGAGCCGACCAAUGGCCAGGCAGAGCGCCAGACGUGGGCUGAUUACUACCGGAUGAACCAGAAAUUCGCCAACCGGAUCCUGGAAGUCUACAAGCCCGGCGAUAUCGUCAUGAUUCACGAUUAUCACCUGCUCCUCCUCCCUAGUAUGCUCCGCCAGAAGGUCCCGCACAUCUACAUUGCCUUCUUCCUGCACAUUCCGUUUCCCAGUAGCGAAUUCUUGCGGUGUUUGCCCCGGCGGAAGGACGUCCUGGAGGGUGUUUUGGGAGCGAACCUGAUCGGCUUCCAAUCUCACAGCUACUCCCGGCAUUUCGUAUCGUGCUGUACCCGGAUCCUGGGAUUCCCCUCGGACAUCUCGGGCGUGGAGGCGUACGGCACCAAGGUCACAGUUGGAGUCUUUCCCAUUGGCAUCGAUGCGGCUGCGGUGGAGGAGCUGGCUUUCGAUGGGAGCACCAUCGAUCAGCACGUGACACAGUUGAGAGACAUGUACAAGGGGAAGAAGAUCAUUGUUGGUCGGGAUCGAUUGGACAGCGUGCGGGGUGUUGCGCAGAAGUUGAUGGCCUUUGAGAAAUUCCUCGAAAUGUACCCGGAGUGGGUCGACAAGGUGGUCUUGAUCCAGGUGACCAGCCCGACCAGCGUCGAGGAGGAGAAGGAAGACUCGGGCAACAAGAUCGCCAACAAGGUCGCGGAUCUCGUUGCCAAGAUCAAUGGCACCUACGGAUCACUGUCGUUCUCGCCGGUACAGCACUACCCACAAUACCUGUCGCAAGAAGAGUACCUCUCUCUGCUCCGAGCAGCUGACACGGGCCUCAUCACCAGUGUACGCGAUGGGAUGAACACAACCAGUCUGGAAUAUGUCGUCUGCCAACGCGACCUCCAUGGACCCCUGAUCAUCUCCGAAUUCUCGGGAACCGCGUCGAGUUUGAAGAAAGCCAUUCAUAUCAAUCCCUGGGAUCUCUCGGGCGUGGCACGGUCCAUCAACCACGCUCUGACGAUGAGUGAAGACGAGAAGCUUGCGAUGCACUCCAGUCUCUACCAUCACGUCACCACGCGGACCAACCAGACGUGGAUCCAUGCCUUCAUCAAGCGCCUUCUCGCUGUGCUGGGAUCGACGAAAUCCGUCAUUUCCACCCCGAUCCUCGACAAGGCCGCUCUUCUGACGCAGUAUCGAUCUGCGAACAAGCGUCUCUUCAUGUUCGAUUACGACGGUACCUUGACCCCGAUCGUGAAGGACCCAGCCGAUGCCAUUCCCGGAAGCCGACUCAUGCGCACCUUGAAGGCUCUUGCGUCUGAUCACCGAAAUGCGGUUUGGAUCAUUAGUGGCCGAGACCAGGAGUUCUUGAACCGUCAACUCGGUCACAUCCCGGAACUGGGUUUCAGUGCAGAGCAUGGCAGCUUUAUGCGGCACCCCGGCAAGGAGGAGUGGGAGAAUCUUGCCGAGAACUUUGAUAUGGGCUGGCAGAAGGAGGUGUUCGAAUGCUUCCAGAAGUAUACCGACAAGACCCCAGGCUCGUUCAUCGAACGCAAGCGCUGCGCCCUCACUUGGCACUACCGGCCCUCCGAUCCCGAGCUCGGCGCCUACAUGGCCCGCGAGUGCCAGAAGGAGCUCGAGAAGACGGUUGGCAAGACCUGGGACGUCGAGGUGAUGACCGGCAAGGCCAAUCUCGAGGUCCGCCCUACCUUUAUCAACAAGGGCGAAAUUGCCAAGCGACUCGUUAGCUCCUACGGCCACGAGAUCGGCGAGCCUCCCGAGUUCACGCUGUGUCUGGGCGACGACUUUACGGAUGAAGACAUGUUCCGUGCUUUGAACGGCAGUGCGCUGGACCCCAAUCACGUCUUUACCGUGACGGUGGGCGCGAGCAGUAAGAUGACACUGGCGCAUUGGCACUUGCUGGAGCCGAGCGAUGUCAUCAGCAGUAUUGCGCUGUUAAACGGAGGCGAUUCCAAUGUGGCGGACCUCGGGCCCCUGGCCGUGGUCGAGGGCAAGAUCCCGGAGCAGAUGCCGGGGAAGACGGUCCCGGAUGAGACGCCUGGCGGGAAACUGUGA